UGCGCUGGGCAGUGCCACCCCGCCCGGGCUAUAAAUGCCCAGCGCGCUCCGGCUGCAGCGCCCCAAAUCCUCGCUGCUGCCUGACCCGCGCCGACCCCGGCGCGCAGGAGGCUGGCGAUGGCGUGUUCCCUGGAGCAGGCGCUGGCCGUGAUGGUGACCACCUUCCACAAAUAUUCGGGGAAGGAAGGGGACAAGUACAAACUCAGCAAGGCCGAGCUCAAGGACCUGCUGAACAACGAGCUGCCCGUCUUUGGGAGCAAACAAAUGGACGAGGCAGAGUUCAAGAGGCUCGUGAACGACCUGGACCACAACAAGGACAGCGAGGUGGACUUUAAGGAGUACGCCUGCUUCCUGGCCUGCAUCACCAUGGGCUUCAACGAGUUCUUCAAGGAUGGCCCCACCAAGCAGUCCCGAAAAAAGUGAUACACCGCCCCCCCCCCCCCCCCUCUGCCCACAGCAUCGCCCUGGGGGCUUUCAAAUAAAAGUUUUU